CAUCAUAUCAGCUUUUUAUGAACAAUUGCUGAAACCGCAUUCUUAUCUGACUCCUGAUUGCACUGGCUUGCCUCUAGCUUAUACAGUGACUAUUUUGAUACACACCACGCCACAAUCACACGGUAUUCCAAAGUGCCCUUGACUUUUCGAGUCACAACACGGUUUGUCAAACUUCCCAUCAUUGGAUAUCACUCACUUUAACAUAUAUUCAAAAUUCUCGUGUGAUGGCUUCAAAAUGCAAAAGUAAAAGUUGCAAUCCAGGGGGGCCAGGAGGUGGCAAAGCGGGAGUGGCUGAUGGAGUUUCACCAGUAGUGGUUGCAGGAUGCCAAGAACUAGUGCUCAAUGACGGUCAUAUCAAACAGUAUAUGGACGCAUUUUUAGAGAAUGUUAAGCGAGGAUUAGGAAAAGCGACCAACCCUUCAGCUAUUGUGAAAUGCUUUCCAACGUUCGUACAGGAUCUUCCCAAUGGAACGGAGACAGGCAAAUUCCUGGCCUUGGACUUGGGAGGCAGCAACUUCAGAAUGUUACACUGGAUGACGAUCUGGGCGACGAUGCAAGUAUACUCCGUAAGGUUGUGAUGCUGAAUAACCUAGAUGAGGAGAAUUUGUCAACUAUGAAGAUAGUCACAAGGCUGAAAACGAGAAAGAGUAAUCAAGUGCAUCUGGUAAUCGAAGUUCCACCAACGAGUACUGCUUGUGGAGCUUGCCGGCGGUGAGAGCCAUAUGGACUCGAAGAUCUACGUUAUCCCUCCUUCAAUUAUGACAGGGCCUGGUGAAGAUCUGUUCGAUUUCAUUGCUGAAUGUUUGUCAGAUUUCGCCGUCACGAAAGGAGUUAACGAUCAAUUGCUGCCCCUGGGAUUCACGUUCAGUUUUCCUUUGCAGCAGGUUGGAUUGACGAAGGGUAUAUUGGAAAGAUGGACCAAAGGCUUCAACUGUGCCGGUGUCAUUGGCAAAGAUGUCGUCAAACUCCUUGAAGAUGCUCUAGCAAGGCGCGGGGAUGUCAAGAUUGAUGUUUGUGCAGUACUCAAUGACACAACUGGAACCUUGAUGUCGUGUGCCUGGAAAAACAGGGACUGUAAGAUCGGCCUGAUUCUCGGCACUGGUACUAACGGGUGUUAUUUAGAGUCACAGGCAAACGCAGAAUUAUUCGAUGAGCCUGACCAAGGAUCCGGAAAAGUAAUCAUCAACUUGGAAAGUGGUGCAUUUGGGGAUGACGGAGCCCUAGACUUCUGCAGAGUAGAGUACGACGAAAUAAUCGAUAAGCGGUCUAUCAAUCCAGGGAGGCAGAAGCACGAAAAGAUGAUAUCAGGAAUGUACCUUGGUGACAUUGUUAGGUUGGCUGCUCUAAGGUUCACGAAGGAAGGUGUGAUGUUUGGGGGAAAAUCUUCCCCCUUGUUGGAAACAGAAGACAAAUUCGAGACCAGAUAUGUGUCGGAGAUAGAGAGUGACCUGCCUGGUGUCUACACGAAUGCUAAAAGAAUCUGCGACGAGUUAGGUCUCAGCCAUGCCAUAGAACAAGAUUACCAGAACCUGAAGUACAUCUGUGAGUGUGUUUCCAAGAGGGCUGCAGAUUUGUGCUCCGCCAUGUUGGCUGUUCUCAUGAACAAGAUGGGAGAAAAGAAGGUGGUCGUCGGCAUAGACGGUACCUUGUACAGAAACCACCCUAACAUUUCAAACUGGAUGAAACAGAAGAUCGCACAGCUGGUGAACCCAGGCAUAAGCUUCGAACUGAUGUUGUCUGAGGAUGGUAGCGGUAGGGGAGCUGCGUUGGUAGCUGCAGUAGCCCACAGGGUAAAGAUGGAGAAUCAGGGAGUGGCAGCAGCGGCGCCUACGGAAGAAGCACCGGCUGAGGUAGAUGCAGCUGAGGAGGGCUGAAUAACCAGCGAUAUAUGUAGCCUUAAUAAGUGUGAUAUUUAACGAAUUUUUGUAUAUACAUUAAAUUAUACAUAUACAAGCGUG